UCCAUCAGUACUAUAAGAGGCUGUAAAAAAAAAACAAAAAAAAAACAGCCGGCUAUUUCAGCCAGUCAGUGAAACCCACAGUGUGAGCUUGUUCCUCUUUCCAUCAACUCAGUUCACAGCUCAAACUUCCUUGUACAACAAACCCAGUCCGCUGCGCUCUGUCGACCGUCCGCAUCCUCAGACUAACACAAAGAAAACAACUGUAAAAGGAGAUGGAACCUACCAGAAUGAAAUGAGGAAUAUUCUCCACACGGUUAUCCGAAUCUAGAAGAGCAAAUAUACAUACAUCCGCAGAAAUAAGAGUCGAAGUGAUUGGUUGAAGCGCCCGAAAGCACCAUGGGCUGUGUGGGCUCAAAGAAGGAGCAGGAGCCUCUCGGCAAAGGGACGAGCGACGACUCGCAGAGCCGGGCACAGGCGGCCCAUUAUGUCAAAGACCCCACCAUAGGAAACUCCGGGAGCAAAGCUAGCAAGGUGCCAUCCAAUGGAAACUCUUCAGAUGGAGAGAGUAUUGCCAUGGCACUCUACGACUAUGAGGCCAUUCAUGACGGUGACCUCGGCUUCAAGAAGGGGGAUAAGCUCAGAAUCUUAGCGGAAUCGGGGGAGUGGUGGAGAGCUAAGUUAAUCAGUACAGGUCAGGAAGGCUUCAUCCCCAGUAAUUAUGUGGCCAAAGAUACUCUGGAGGCAGAGGAGUGGUUCUUUAAGGGCGUGAGCAGGAAAGAUGCUGAGAGGCAGCUGCUGGCCCCCGGGAACAAAACGGGAUCCUACAUGAUCCGAGACAGUGAGACCACCAAGGGCAGCUACUCCCUGUCUGUCAGGGACGGUGAUCCAUCCGGUGACACAGUGAAACAUUAUAAGAUCCGCACGCUGGACAACGGAGGAUUCUACAUCUCCCCACGCAACACCUUCAGCACCCUGCAGGAGCUGGUCAUCCAUUACAAAAAGCAGGGAGAUGGCCUCUGCCAAAUCCUGACCAGCCCGUGCUUGAGCCCAAAACCUGACAAACCAUGGGAGAAAGACGCCUGGGAAAUCCCCAGAUCAUCACUCAAACUGGACAAGAAGCUCGGUGCUGGCCAGUUUGGAGAAGUCUGGCUGGCUACAUACAAUAAGCACACCAAAGUAGCAGUGAAGACCAUGAAGCCUGGCACCAUGUCAGUGGAAGCAUUCAUGGGCGAGGCCAACCUGAUGAAGACUCUGCAGCACGACAAACUGGUCCGACUCAAUGCUGUAGUCACUAAGGAGGAGCCGAUCUAUAUCAUCACAGAGUUCAUGGAGAAAGGUAGUUUAUUGGACUUCAUAAAGAGUGAUGAGGGAAACCGUUUACAGCUCCCCAAGCUCAUCGACUUCUCUGCCCAGACCGCAGAAGGUAUGGCCUACAUUGAGCAGAAGAACUACAUCCACAGAGACCUGAGAGCUGCCAACAUCCUAGUCAAUAAGGCUUUGGUGUGCAAAAUUGCUGACUUUGGCCUCGCUCGUAUCAUUGAAGACAACGAGUACACGGCCCGGGAAGGAGCCAAGUUCCCCAUCAAAUGGACAGCCCCUGAGGCCAUCAACUACGGCUCUUUCACCAUCAAAUCUGACGUCUGGUCCUUUGGCGUCUUGCUGACUGAGAUUAUCAGCUAUGGACGCACACCGUACCCAGGGAUGACCAACCCAGAAGUGAUCCGUUACCUGGAGAAGGGCAACCGAAUGCAGCGCCAGGACAGCUGUCCCACCGAACUCUAUGAAAUCAUGCUGGAGUGCUGGAAGAACAAGCCUGAGGAACGGCCCACCUUUGAUUACCUGCAGAGUGUCCUGGAGGAUUUCUACACAGCCACAGAGAGCCAGUAUCAGCAGCAGCCAUGAGACUUAACAUCCACAGACAUGUUUUCUCUUGUUUCAUUCAUUCUCAUCAGCAAGGCCAGUUUCUGCAAUUCAGAGCAGACACACACACAUGCUCUCUCUUUACCAUUCUCACUCCGUCUGUCUCCCUGUCUCUUUCUCAUUCACGCACACAAAUAUCAUAACAAGGGACUGUACAAAAAUUAUUGAGAAGGGUUGAAACUGUAUACUAUACAUAUACUAUAUUUUUAGGAAGCUAUGCAUCACUGUUUCUAACAUUUUUUAUAUUUUCAUUGGGCCCUCCUACCUUUGAAUGAGAACAUUUUAACGUAAUAUAACCACAAAAGAGAGAUUAAGGAACACAAAAUAUAUGAACAAUAUAUACAGUAAUUAUUAUUAUUAUAACAAUAUUAUGACUACACAAUCCUACCUCAUACUUAGGUCAGGGCCACAGCACGACAGACGCUGUCUGAUGAUAUUCUGCAGACUUGGCUAUAGCUAAUAUGACCACAGCUGUACUGGAUAUUUCUUCAUAAAAGUGACCAUAAAUCAUCUAGAUGCACACCAGCAGCAGUCUUGUAAAUCACUUGACAUAUACAGUAGUGACCAGUGCAUGAUACGUGCUGACAGAUCUGCAGCGGAUCACUAUAUUGUGAGAUAAAAAUGCAAAUCAUUAUGCACAACAAAACACGUGACCUGACAUUUCAUUCAUAUCAAUAUCUAUCUAGAGAUAAUUGCUGGUAACGGGUCAGUUUCAUUAUUGAGCUUUGUAGGUGAGGGGUGGGUUGCAAAACUUGACCCAUGAAGGACUCUUCUCUACAUAUAUAGCCUAAGUGAAAAUAGCAAAUGUGCUUGUAUAAGCCCUGCUGGUGCACAGGAACAACAGCCAGACAGGUAACAAAUUUGCAAGGGAAGGCUGAAAUAAAACAGAUUUGAGGCGGGGAAAAACCGGCCCUCCACUGUGCUGCAAAAAUAAAUCUGACAAUACUUUUUCUUAAACAAAAAGAAAAGAUAAAUAGCCAUCCUACUUUCAGCCCUCACCCCUCUUAUAAUGUUUGUACAGUCCCUAACAUUGGAACAGCUUUGAAGGUGUUUUACAUAACAUGCGUAUACAGGAAGCCGUACUGUACAGUACAUGCUAUGGAAUAAUAAUGACAUGUCUCACACAAAAUAUUAUUUUACACAGCACAAAGAUAUGGCCAUUAACGGCAGACAAACAAGGCCACCUGAAAGCAGUCGCGUGGAAAAGACUGGAUUUAGUUGUUAUGCCCCAGCACACAUUGUGCAUCCAUCAAAGGAAGGUAGGCUAUAUAACCACAAAACACAGAUGUUAAUAUAGUGAACUAUGUGCAGUGUUCGGCUCUGAUAAUACUGUGUUGAUGUCAACAAUUCAGCAAGCAAAACUGCCAUUGUCCACUCCCCUCCUGUCAAAUGCACGGUGUGAAAGGAGGUCGAGUACUGUGAGCUUUACAAAGUGCGAGAUACUGUAUGACUGAUGUAUGCUUAAGUCUCCUAUUUAUAUUCCAUAGAUAUUUUCUAUAAUGCUGUUGCUUAAUUAGCAUUACUCCUUCAUUGUGCCUUUUUCAGUGGUUGUGUCUUUUCUUUCAGUCUUGACAUUUAUAAUAUAUUCCAAUCACUCUGUAAAUAUAGUACAGAAAUAAAUACAAUUAUUCAGGAAUACAGUUUAAUGUGAAGUCGCAUUAACUGAUAGUGCUUGUUGAUCCUUUUGGCCUAAUAAACUGUUGUUCUGUAUUUGGGAAUUAAAUGAAAAGGCAGUGCAUGCAUAGUUCCACAUCUUUUGGCCUUCUUUUUUGUGUGUGAAAUAAAUAAUUUAUUUGUGCAAAUGGUACUGAAUAUUAAUAUAACUUGAACGCACUUUCUUAGUGAAGGACUCAUUACUCUGCUACUUUACUCUACAAAAUUUCAAAGGGAAUAUUUUUCAAAUAUUUAAGAUCAGCAGUUAGAGAGAACUAUGAGAACCAAUAUCUGAGAGAAGUUUUCUAUGGAACGCAUAUAUACUGAGAGAUGUGUGACAAUAGGCCUAUUGAAUCAAUGCUCAGUACUGCAUACAGUGUGUUCAUAGGGUUACUGAUGUUUUAAGUAUAAACGUCUUUGCAGAUUUUGUUAGAUGCGUGGAUCAAUGCAACUGUUGUGAAAAUGUUCAAAUAAAUUCUUUUGGAAACAUU